AGGGUUCACGUCAUCACGUGACUGACCGUCGCCCAGGUUGUGUCGAAAGCAUCCUGGAAUAUAGCACUUAGCUAGCUAGCUAUCCGCUGACAAUAAAUAUUAAGUGAAGUGCAAAUAUUUUUUACAAUGGGCGAAUUGUUACCGUGGCUCUAACGUUAGUGGAGGCAAAGGAAGAUAAGAACCUACCCAAACUGGCAUUUCCAACAUGGCUGAAGAAGCCAGUUAACAAAGCUAACGUAACUAUACAUUAGCGUUAGCCAACGUUCAAACUUUGACGGGCAAUAGCAGCAAUUCGUUAGCUAGGUGCUAGUUUGCCAAUUUACUACUAACGUUACCAUUCCACCCAGCCAGGUAACAUAGCUAUCUUGUUAUUGUAUCAAUUAGCUGUGCUAACUUAGUAGCGUCGUAGGUGUUAACACACUAGCUAACUAAUUACGCGUUAUUUUGAUCAGUCGUUGAUGCAAAACUUGCGUUAACGUUAUUACUAAAUAACGUCAGCUAACGUUAAUUAUGAAUGUUUAAGUUACAACUGUUAAGCCGCUAAUGCUAACGUUAGCUAUUUAAACUUCACUGUAACUUUUAUGAACACAAUUGCUUAAAAUCAGAUUCAAUACUAAUUAUCUUUCACGUAGCUAAUAGUGAAAAAUAAAGCGAACAGCAGCUGUAAAGUGAAUAGCUAACGUUGCAAAUCUGUGUUUUGUGAUUACUUUCGGCCAAUCGCAUGUUAUAAAUAAUGCGAAACGCCAGAAUGUCAAACGCAUGGGGAUUAACGUUAGGGCAGCAGUAUUGUCUAGAAAACACAGCUGUCCGGUCAUUUCGGUAAUCCUUGUAUUCUUCAUAAUGCAGCUAACGUUACAGCUAGAUGUUUAUAACUGCUGAACGUGUAGUUUAACGUUAAAGUCUUGUAACGUUAUACCUAAACAUUUGGCUACUUGCUUCAUCUUAAACAGUCUGUAUAAGUCUAUAGUCCACUUUAAUUCAAGUUAUGUCUGGGGACGCAUCUGAUAGUAGUGAUGACUCCGAUACAAAAACAAAUGAAAAGGCCUGCACCGUCAAGCAUCAAAUCACCAAUGCUAACCUCACAGGUCACACUGAGAGGGUCGGCAUGGAGAAUUUUGAGCUGCUCAAAGUCUUAGGCACUGGAGCUUAUGGAAAAGUGUUUUUGGUCAGGAAGAACACCGGUCAUGAUGUGGGCCAGCUGUAUGCUAUGAAGGUGUUAAAGAAAGCAGCUAUUGUUCAAAAGGCAAAGACAACCGAACAUACUCGCACUGAGAGGCAGGUGCUGGAGCACAUCCGCCAGUCUCCCUUCCUGGUCACGCUCCACUAUGCCUUUCAGACGCAGAGCAAACUCCACCUCAUCCUGGACUAUGUGAGUGGCGGGGAGAUGUUUACUCAUUUGUACCAGAGGGAUCACUUUCCUGAGGAGGCGGUGCGGAUUUAUAUUGGGGAAAUAAUCCUGGCUCUGGAGCACCUGCACAAGCUUGGGAUUGUAUACCGAGACAUCAAAUUAGAAAACAUUCUUCUAGACAGUGAAGGCCAUGUGGUAUUGACGGAUUUUGGGCUUAGCAAGGAGUUUCUGGAAGAAGAGAAGGAAAGGACCUACUCUUUCUGUGGCACCAUUGAGUACAUGGCACCUGAAAUCAUCAGAGGGAAAUCUGGGCAUGGCAAGUCGGUAGAUUGGUGGAGCCUUGGGAUCCUGAUGUUUGAGCUUCUAACGGGCGCAUCUCCUUUUACCUUGGAGGGGGAGAGGAACUCCCAGAGUGAGGUGUCAAAACGUAUUUUGCGCUGUGAUCCUCCGUUCCCCUCUAUGAUUGGACCCACUGCUCAGGACCUGCUUAAGAAGUUGUUGGUGAAAGAUCCCCACAAGAGGCUGGGCUCUGGACCACGAGGGUCUGAAGACAUCAAAGCACAUACCUUCUUCAAGGGACUGAACUGGGCCGACCUAGCACAGAAGAAGUUGCCAAGUCCAUUCAAGCCAGAGCUGAAGAGUGAACUUGAUGUGGGGAACUUUGCUGAGGAAUUCACUGGGAUGGAUCCUGUGUACUCUCCGGCCAGUACGCCACCAAGCACUGACCGCCUGUUCCAGGGAUACUCCUUUAUUGCUCCCUCCAUCCUGUUCAACAAGAACGCAGUUAUGGGAGACUUUGUACAAUCCCAGAUUGGGGCUGAUCGUCCAGCUUCAGCCUCCGUUCAACGCAGUGCAAUGUUAGAGGAAUCCCAUUUUUUUCAGCACUAUGAGCUGUGUCUUCAUGGGCCACCCCUAGGCGAGGGUAGCUUCUCUGUGUGCAGGAAAUGCCGACACAAGCAAACUGGCCACGAGUAUGCCGUCAAGAUCGUCAGCCGCAGAAUGGAGGCAAACACCCAGAGGGAGGUUGCUGCUUUGAGGCAAUGUGAGAGUCACCCAAACAUUGUAAAGCUGCAUGAAGUCUAUACUGAUCAGUACCACACAUAUUUAGUGAUGGAGCUUCUGGGAGGUGGGGAGUUGCUGGAACGGAUCAAGAGGAAGAAACUCUUUGGAGAGGCCGAGGCCAGUCAGCUGUUACAGAGCCUGGUCUCAGCUGUUAGCUUCAUGCACGAGAAUGGAGUCGUGCACAGAGACCUCAAACCAGAGAACGUGCUGUUUUCAGGUGAGGGGGAGGACUCUGUGCUGAAAGUAAUAGAUUUUGGAUUUGCCCGCCUGUGCCCUGCAGGCAGCGCCCCCCUGCAGACUCCCUGCUUCACGCUGCAGUACGCUGCGCCUGAACUUUUUGAGAGUGCAGGAUACGACAAAGCCUGUGACCUCUGGAGUCUUGGGGUCAUCCUGUACACCAUGCUGUCAGGCCAGGUGCCAUUUCAUAGUGAGCAGCGGGGGAUGACCUCAUCAUAUGCUGCUGACAUCAUGCAAAAGAUUAAAGAGGGCGAUUUUUCAUUGGACGGGGAUGCCUGGAAGGGCGUAUCGGAGGAUGCCAAAGAGCUUGUUAAAGGCCUACUGACAGUGGACCCAGAGAAGCGUCUUAAACUCUCUGAUCUGAAGGAGAACAGCUGGCUGCAGGGCGGAGCAUCCAUGUCCACCACUCCUUUGUGCACUCCAGAUGUGCUAGAGUCUAGUGGGCCUACUGUCCGCACCUAUGUCAAUGCCACCUACAAGGCUUUCAACCGUGGUAAGAGAGAGGGCUUCUUUCUGAAAAGUGUUGACAAUGCUCCCCUUGCAAAACGCAGAAAGCUGAAGAUGACAAGUACAGGUGUUGAGACCCGAUGGAGUUCAUCCUCAUCUUCCUCCUCUUCUUCCACUUCCUCCUCUGCCUCCGCCUCUGCCACAGCAUCCAAAAUACAGCCAAAGCAAACUGUGACCACAAAGCAAACUGUGACCACAAAGCUAAGCCUUUGCAGGCGAGAGACAGAGAGAGCAAAAAUGGAGGAGGUACGUGUGCGAUGA